AUGGAUCGUCUGCCACUACCCGGCUCACGGCCUACAUUGCCGUCACUCCGAUCCCAGGUGGGAGAAUACCUUCCCGAGCCUGACCCGCGUAAAUCAUAUCAACUUUCUCACGCUCCCGACUCCUUUCACUCCCAUCGCCGACAAUCGAUCACUUCUUUAUCGAUCUCACCUGGACCACGAAGCUCUUUCUCAAGGCCACCCCUCACCGAUGAUCGCUCGUUUUCCUCAAACUCUUUGGGAAGCUACGGUAGUACCUCAUCAUCAGGACCUCAUACAUCAUCUUCCAUGCAUUCUGCUUCAGGCUCGUACACCAACGGAGCUUCCCAGCCGUCCAUGCAUGCUACAAGAUCAACCGUCUCAGUCGCCUGCACCAAUUGUCGAUCUGCGCAUCUCGCUUGCUCGGAGACCCGACCCUGCAGGCGCUGUGUUCAAACAGGUCGAUCAGCCACGUGUAUUGAUGUAGAGCCAAGGAAACGCGGCCGGCCAAGGGCUUCUGAAGCUCCUCCUGUCACCAAUACCAUGGCCACAGCGAUGAUGCACAAUCUGAGAACGGAAUCACCACGUUCAGGACGCCUGGGCUACCCUUCAGAUGAUUUGACAAUCAUCAUGAGCACUUCCCUUCGAUGUGCACGAGUCUCAGAAGCACUGACACACAUCUUGGGAUAUGAUCUACAAACAAUGCUCGAGCAACCUCUGUCGGCUUUCAUCAGCCGUGAAGAAAAACAAGAUUAUGCUCGUUUCUCCCUCAGAUUACUUUCGUAUCCUGGUGUAGCUUCAAGACCAGUACCAGUGUCUUCACAAAUACUACACCAAACUCCUUACAACGAGCUCAUCACACCAUUAGCUGGAGCUCCUUCCCAUGCACACGCCUUUCGGCUCCGAACCAUCGAUGGCAAUUCCCUUCCUUUCCGAUUCGAAUCUUACCUCGGUGCCGGUUUCGGUGCUCACCCAGCCAAGCCAGACAGUCUAAGACUUGCAUACGUCGUCCUUAGACUAACUUUGCUUACCAACGACGAGUCGUCUCGGCAUAGCUCUGGAUCCUUCCAUAGUCCGUCUAGUUCUGGAGAAUCCUACUGCACCAAUCCAUCGUCAUCAGUCCGAUCAUCAUCUCGUUCACGAAGCGAUGUUCGAGGAUAUGAUAAUGAGAUGUUGUCAUACCCAAGACCAUAUUCCCAACCUGGUAUAUACCGUUAA